AGAAAGAAAUUCCGACAUGUGUUGACAUUAGCUGACGACGCCGCGCUAGCAUAACCUUAAAAUCAAUGAAAAUCGCAGAAUCGGCAGAAAUUUACACAUUACAUACAUGUAAAACAAAGAAUAUAUAAUCGGGACAAAAUGUCGAACUUUUGCCCACCGGAAUUCUGUGUUGUCGAAGAUUCUGCUUUCUCUUCAAGAAAAGCUGAGGACAGUUUAAGCGGUAUGAGCGAUGGCAAGGGAAAAAGUCAGGAUGUUUCUGUUUUUUACGAUUCACCGGAAGACCUGGCGGAACUUAAUUUGGAUAAGAAGGACAUUUUGAUAUUGAAGAAAUUAAAUGCAAUAGGAAUGAUGCUUGAGACUCUUUGCCAGAAUCAGCAAUCAGAUACUUUGAACAUGAUUGAUCCAUCGCCUUUAACUGAAGACUUGUUCGGGACGUUUCAUAACAAGGAUGAUGAAUUAAGUAUUUUCCCUGCAAGCGGCGAAUUGGAAGUUCAGUUGAUAGAACAAAAACUAGUAGACACUCGAUUCUUUGGAAAAGUGGCGUACGCUUUAAGUAGACUUGGAAAACACACAAAUCUCAGCUUGACUGUCACAAAUCUACUAAAUCAGCUGCUGAAAUUUGAAGCAGGAGAGAGAUUUUCAUUCCUUGGAAGAUCAGGAAAAAAACCCGCUUUUAAAACUACAAAUUUGUGCUCCGUCGUAUGCUGUGCCGCGCAAAAACUUUACCCAACUGCAACGAGAUCCACUGUAGAGGAAUACAUAAAGACCUGGUUGAUCCAAUGUAAAAAUCGACGUCAAAGAAAAAACGAGAGUGCAAGAAGAGCCGCUGAGAAAGGAAUAAAUCGCAUAUUCAUUAAACUAGAAGAACCGCAUAUGGACUAAUGACAUAAUAUCCUAACAAUUUUUUUACUAUCCCCCUAUAUAUAAAUAUAAAUAAUAUAAUUAUUAUCACGGUGUGAUAAAUUAAUAUUUAUCACGUCUCUUAUUGUCAUUUCUAAACAAUUGUAUCGUAUAUUGUUUAACUUAAAAACUUAAUGUAUGAACGUAAUAUGGUAUAUAAAUAUAUGCUAUUGAACUUGUGUCA